GUUCUAUACAAUUGCAGAAGGACAAGAGAAAAUACCUGUUCAUAAGUUUAUUACAGCACUCAAAUCUACAGGAUUGCGAACGUCUGAUCCCAGGUAUGGAUAUGUUAAGAUUAACUCUUCAAACAACAUCAGAUGGUGUCAUGCUAGACAAAGAUCUUUUUAAAAAAUGUGUUCAAAGCAACAUUGUUUUAUUGACACAAGCCUUUAGAAGAAAGUUUGUCAUUCCUGAUUUUAUGUCUUUUACUUCGCACAUUGAUGAGUUAUAUGAAAGUGCUAAAAAGCAGUCUGGAGGAAAGGUUGCAGAUUAUAUUCCUCAACUGGCCAAGUUCAGUCCUGAUUUGUGGGGUGUGUCUGUUUGUACAGUAGAUGGACAAAGGCAUUCUAUUGGAGAUACCAAAGUUCCCUUUUGUCUUCAGUCCUGUGUGAAACCUUUGAAAUACGCUAUUGCUGUUAACGAUCUUGGAACUGAGUAUGUUCAUCGAUAUGUUGGGAAAGAACCGAGUGGAUUAAGAUUCAACAAACUGUUUUUAAAUGAAGAUGAUAAACCACAUAAUCCUAUGGUUAAUGCUGGAGCAAUUGUUGUAACUUCACUAAUAAAGCAAGGAGUAAAUAAUGCUGAAAAAUUUGACUAUGUGAUGCAGUUUUUGAAUAAGAUGGCUGGUAAUGAAUAUGUUGGAUUCAGUAAUGCAACGUUUCAGUCGGAAAGAGAAAGUGGAGAUCGGAAUUUUGCAAUAGGAUAUUACUUAAAAGAAAAAAAGUGUUUUCCAGAAGGCACAGACAUGGUUGGUAUACUAGACUUCUAUUUCCAGCUGUGUUCCAUCGAAGUGACAUGUGAAUCAGCCAGUGUGAUGGCUGCAACACUGGCUAAUGGUGGUUUCUGCCCCAUAACUGGUGAAAGAGUACUGAGUCCUGAAGCAGUUCGAAAUACACUGAGUUUGAUGCAUUCCUGUGGGAUGUAUGAUUUCUCAGGGCAGUUCGCUUUCCAUGUUGGUCUUCCUGCAAAAUCUGGAGUCGCUGGAGGCAUUCUUUUAGUUGUCCCUAAUGUCAUGGGCAUGAUGUGCUGGUCUCCUCCUCUGGACAAGAUGGGCAAUAGUGUUAAGGGGAUUCACUUCUGUCAUGAUCUUGUUUCUCUCUGUAAUUUUCAUAACUAUGAUAAUUUGAGACACUUUGCGAAAAAACUUGAUCCUCGAAGAGAAGGUGGUGAUCAGAGGGUAAAGUCAGUGAUAAACCUUUUGUUUGCUGCGUAUACCGGAGAUGUGUCUGCUCUUAGAAGGUUUGCUUUGUCAGCCAUGGACAUGGAACAGCGGGACUAUGAUUCUAGGACAGCACUGCACGUAGCCGCUGCAGAGGGUCACGUUGAAGUUGUUAAAUUUUUGCUGGAAGCCUGCAAAGUAAAUCCUUUCCCCAAGGACAGGUGGAAUAACACUCCCAUGGAUGAAGCCCUGCACUUCGGCCACCAUGAUGUAUUUAAAAUCCUCCAGGAAUACCAAGUCCAGUACACACCCCAAGGAGAUUCCGAUAACGGAAAGGAAAAUCAAACCGUCCAUAAGAAUCUUGAUGGAUUGUUAUAACGGUCUUACAUCCCAAGUGUUACUGGAGUUUUCUUCAUUGUGCACACAGGACAAAUCUGAUCUCUUUGGGGAAAAGUAGAAAUCAAACACCCUCCCUCCAUAAUGUGAGCAAUAUUUACCUCGUGCAUUGUAUCAUUUGAUGUAAAAGAAACAGUUACCAAUGCUAGCUUAACUGUGUGGUCUUCAUGAUAUAUUUGUGUAUUUUGUGAAUUUUCACUUCCUGGUGGUGAUCUGCUGGUAUGCAUUUAUAAAUUAAGCCCUGUUGUAUAGUCUGUCCAAAUGGGUCAAGGCUGCCUUUAGAAGCAAAUAGUGUGAUUUUGCAAGACUUCAAAUAUAGGUUUAGUUUGAGUGUUUGAACAACUACAUGCACUUCCGGUUGUAUAUUUAAGAUGUCUCCUAUCACCUUAGCUUCAUGAGGUGACUCUUUAAAUACUAUAUAGUUAACAACUGUUAGGAUAGACCAAUUCUGAUUAGACUUUAUCAGGGAAUCCGUUUAAAAUAUGUUUGGUGACCAAAACACAUGUGUGAAUGUAGUCAUGAUACUUUUGGGAAAAUAUCCUUUUUCCCUAUGCCCUUAGUCCAGCCUCUCUUCUCUGCCAUUUAGUUACCUGCCUCUUUCCUUAGCUGGGAAAGUGAGUGCUGGCACACUAUGCAGUUUUCAUGUUUCCCAUAGUACGUCAGAAAAUGCCUCCUAUGUCUGGCAUCAGAGCUUCACUUUGCUAUUUGCCUACAGAAGAUGAACCAGAGAGAAAAUUACUAAGUACAAAUCAAACUCAUUGGUUGGAAAAAAACGAAGGGAUGUACUCGGAUAAAGACAAAUUCAGAAACGCCCUAAGCCACCAAAGCUCUUCUGACAGUAUGGGGACUGCUACAGGUAUCAUUUGUUUUUAAAGUCUGCAUCAAGAUACCUGUCUUCUCUGGGGACCACUGGAUCGCUCUAGAUGCUGAUUCUCUAUUGUAUAGUUUUUGGUGGGCUCCAUAGUUUAAGAAGAAGAAACGUUACUCUUUCUUUAAAAUUGAGACCCAUCAUUUCUUUGUCUUGGGGAGAUCAUUCAUGAUUAACUUAGAUGGUAGGUAAAAGGGGCUUGAAAUUUUAAUUUUUUUUUUUUUUUUUAGAAAUUACGCAUACA